UUUUUACCUUUCUUUGUUGUUGUACAUACAUAUACCUCUUCUUUUUAAUACACUAUGCCAAGUGGUGGAGAGAGCUUUUAUGCUGUGAUAGUAAUUUGUCUAGUGAUACUCUUUUCACUUUCAGCGUGUCUUGGGUUUCGACUGAUAAAACGAAUGAAAAAUAGAAACCUAGCUUCUCAUCAACAGCUUUCCUCAUCAACACAAGAAAAUGAAUGGCAGCCUCUUAGAUCAGUAGCAACAGCUUUAGAUACCAUUGAUGAACAAACUUUACAAGCUAUUCUAAAAUGGCAGUCUAAAUACCCACCUAACACAACACAAUAUAUGGAUGUAACAAAGUUUCCAGAAGUGAUAGACAAAGGCGUACAUGCAUGGAAAUUUGUCGAAACAGAAACAACUACUAAUUCAGAAGAAGAAAGUAAUGCAGCCAUCAUGGACGAUGAUUUUACCAAUAUUGUCUUUUGUCAGGGACAGGGCAGUAUUACCACAAAUUUUCCAGUGCCUACACAGGAAUUUAGUUAUUGGGAAGUCAAAGUAUUGCAAUUGAAUGAUCAAGACAGAUUAGCGAUAGGGCUUGCUACAAAACCAUACCCAAGAUGGAGAAUACCAGGAUGGCAUAGGCACUCAAUUGCUUAUCAUUCAAAUACAGGAAGCAUUUUUGCAAGUGAUCCGGUUUUUGGCAGACCUUAUGGACCUUGCAUUAAAGAAGGAGAUGUUAUUGGCGUUGGCUAUCUCUGUCAUAGUGGCACUGUCUUUUUUACCAGGAAUGGUCAGAAUUUAGGUAAGGCCUCCAUUGGCUUCAAAUACCCUGUAUAUCCUAUUAUCGGCUCCAUUGGUCCUUGUAAUGUUUCUGUCAAUUUUGGCUAUGAAGAUUUCUUGUUUUCUGCGGCUAAUCAUAGAGAAGCCGCAUUUGCACCUAGACAAGGUUCAUUACUUCCUCCCCCUGCUUAUGGUGGGCACACAGACGAUUUAUUGUUCAGCGAAGAUCAACAAAAUUCAUUAAUACAACCAAACAACAAUGAAGGAGAACUUCUAACUUAUGUUGAUCGCUCAUUACAAGCUCCUCCUCCUUCUUAUUCAUAGUUUUUUUUUAUUGUUAUUAUUUGCAUUAAACAGUAUUUAUUGAUAGAA